CCCGCCAUGGACCAGGACGGGAUCCUGAGCCUGUGGUCCCGCGCCGACGACUCGGACUCCAGCCAGACCGUCUCGGGCGAAUACUUCAGAUACAAGGGCAUCCUCUUCCCCGUGGGCCUCUACUCCCCGGAGAGCAUCAGCCAGGCCGAGAACACCUCCAAUGUGCACGACGACGACAUCUUCAUCAUCACCUACCCCAAGUCAGGCACCACUUGGAUGAUCGAGAUCCUCAGCUUGAUCCUGAAGAACGGGGACCCCUCCUGGAUCCGCUCGGUGCCCAUCUGGGAGCGCGCGCCCUGGUGUGAGACCAUCAUAAGCGCCUUCACCCUCCAGGACCAGACGAGCCCCCGCCUGCUGAGCUCCCACCUCCCCAUCCAGCUCUUUCCCAAGGCCUUCUUCAGCACCAAGGCCAAGGUGAUCUACCUAAGCAGGAACCCCCGGGACGUGGUGGUCUCCUUCUACCAUUACUCCAAGAUCGCCAGGCAACUGAAGGACCCUGGCACCCCUGACCAGUUCCUGGAGAACUUCCUCAAGGGUGAAGUGCAGUUCGGCUCCUGGUUCGACCACAUUAAGGGCUGGAUUCGGAUGCAGGGCAGAGAGAACUUCCUGCUCCUCACCUACGAGGAGUUGCAGCGGGACCUCCAAGGCUCCGUACAGCGCAUCUGUGAGUUCCUGGGCCGGCCGCUGGACGAGGAGGCCCUGAGCUCUGUGGUGGCACACUCGACCUUCGGUGCCAUGAAGGCCAAUUCCAUGUCCAACUACACGCUGCUGCCCACCAGCCUGCUGGACCACCGCCAAGGGGCCUUCCUCCGGAAAGGGGUCUGCGGGGACUGGAAGAACCACUUCACGGUGGCGCAGAGCGAGGCUUUCGACCGCGUGUACCGGGAGCAGAUGCGCGGAGUGCAGGCCUUUCCCUGGGACGAGGCCCCAGAGGAGAGCAGCCCGGACCCCGAGCCCCAGCCCAAGCCGGAGACUGAGCCCGAGCCGGAUCCCAGCCCCGUCCAGGCCUCGGAUCCCGCCCACCCGUGA